UCCACCUGUCCACCUUCAACCCCAUCCUGAUCCGGUAACCUCCACCGCGUGUGAAUCAAUAGUUGCAGUAUCGUAUGAGACAUUCGCUAGACCACGGACAACCGACCCAAACGGAGCGUGCCGGAAGUGAAAAAAAAAUUCUCCUUAUCUGCCGGUCCGACCGUUCAUUAAAUAGUCGCGAUCGUCACCCAUUCCCCGUUCUCUUUCCCCGAUAUUGUCUCAGUGUCGCGUGGCAGUUUAGCACGAUGACGCCUUCAGGAUACAAAGCCUCAUUGGCCGUUCUGGCCGUCCAAUUUUUGGGACUGGGACAAGGUGCCGCCGCCUGUGGCUGCGAGUGCACUCUCAAUAGCCUCAAUGCCACCCUUCAGGGCCGCGUUCAACCCUUGACGCCUUUCUCCCUUCCUUGCUUUUCCAGUUACAAUGGCCAGCAAGUGACCCCCAACGAUGCGGCCUGCGCCAAUAUUCAGGCCAACUACACCGAUCCCUACCUGCGCACCAACUCGCCCAAUGGUUACAUGAAUAACCAGGAUGAGAUGUGCUCGUCCAAUCCCCAGGAUCAGUGCCUGCUGGAUAGCAGCGAUCCUACUGAUUCGCUGGCCUUUGUGAACCAGACCUGCCGCCAAGGCAACAUGCCUUCAUACUACAUCGAGGUCAGGGAUGACAACGAUGUCCGGGAGGCAAUGCAUUACUCCAACUGCUCCGGCACCCGUCUGGUGAUCAAGAACAGUGGGCACGAUUACCUGACCCGCAGCAGCGGCAAGGGUUCUCUGGCCCUGUGGACGCGCAAGUUGCAGGACCUCAGCUACGACUCGUCCUUUGUUCCCUCGGGCUGCCAGACGUCUUACAACGCCAUCACCGCUGGCGCCGGUGUCAACUUCGAUGAGGCCUAUACUUUCGCUCACCAAAACAAUGUCACCAUCUUGGGUGGUUACUCGCCCACUGUCGGUCUCUCGGGCGGUUGGGUCAUGAACGGCGGCCACUCGGUUCUCUCCCCUGUCUAUGGUCUCGGUGUUGACCGCGUCGUGCAGUACAAGGUGGUCACUCCCGAUGGCCAGCUGCGCGUCGCCAACGAAUGCCAGAACCAGGACCUUUUCUGGGCCCUGCGUGGUGGCGGUGGUGGCACCUUCGGUGUUGUCAUGGAAAGCACCCACCGCGUCGAGCCUACCAUCAGCUUCGUCGCCGCCAUCAUCAAGUUCACCAGCAACUCUACCAAUGUCCUGCCAUUCAUGGAUAUUGUUGUUAACAACACCCUGAAAUGGGCCCAGGAAGGCUGGGGUGGUCAUAUCACCGGCAACACCCUGGUCAAUGUGUCCCCUCUGCUCUCGGUUGAUGAGGCGGAGGAAUCUCUGGCCGAGGUGGUGGCCUACGCAAAGGCGCAGGGUGGUUCCGCUGUCAUCGAGGCGUUUUCUUCUUGGUACGACUUCUACGAGAAGUAUGUCACCUCCAGCUCCGUCAGCGUCGGCGUCACCCACUUUGCCGGCAGUCGCCUGGUUCCCUCCUCUGUCUUCGAGACGGCUGAGGGCCGUGCCAAUUUGAUGGACUUCUUCGAGCUCAUUCUCGCCAAUGGCCAAAGCCCCUACAUCCCCGUCGUCGGACCCGUCCUGUACAACUACACCGAGGGCUCCACCAGCGCCGCCCCCGCCUGGCGUCAGGCCAUCUGGGAGCUGGGCUCGGGCAGCUCCUGGGCCUGGAACAGCACCCUGCAGACUCGUGAGCAGAAGAUUGCCACCCUCCAGAACAUGACUGCCACGCUCGAGCGGAUCACCCCUGGCAGCGGAGCUUACAGCAACGAGGCCAACCCUUUCACCGAGGACUGGCGUGAGGCCUGGUGGGGAGACAACUACGACAAGCUGCUCUCCAUCAAGGAAAAGUAUGACCCCACUGGUCUUCUGAGCUGCUGGAAGUGCGUUGGCUGGGAGGAGUCCCAGGCCAACAGCACUUGCUUUGCCGCCUUCUCCUAAGCAGUGUCAUGGUGGCCAAGUGUUUCCCACCAUGGUUCGCAAGCAUUGUAAAUAUGGAUCCGAAUUCGUGAGGUCGUUAUCGUUCCUUUUCCGUCCGACGACGCAUUGAUUUCUGUAUAAUACGUCAAGCAUUAGAUGAUAUAUGGUUUUAAUGAUUGAAGACAUCCC